UUUGAUAUGUAAUUUAGCUGACAAAAAUAUCGGUGAACUUUCUCACUAUGAAAAUUGUUUGAAUUGACAGAAAUGAUUUUUAAACAUAUUCCUCCCUUUUCAAUAAUUCUUGUUUGUACUCAAAUUUGGUUGUAUUGCUACUUCUAUUUUCUUUUUCAACAUUAUCUGAUGAUUUCAAUGUAUUUAACAGCAAUUGCUGUGAUAUUGAUUGCCUUUGGGCUUCACUAUUUAGUUUUUGAGCCUGUUGAUGAAAAACUAGCACAACGUGUUCUAUUUAAAGAGAAUUCGUCAGAACAUCCAAUAUUUGCUCAUAGAGGAGGGGCUCAUGAUGCUCCGGAAAAUACAGUAAUUGCCAUUAGAGAGGCUGUUGCCAUUGUAAGUGAGAUGUUCUCCAAACAUAAAGAGCUCUACGAACACGCACUGGUCGCAUCGUUCUUCCCAUCAUUUAUUUACCAGCUGAGACGUGUGGACCCCAAGAUAGUGACUGCCCUGACCUGGCGACCGCGGUUUAUAUCCUAUGAGGACAUCCCAAACGGCAGACCCCGUAGCUCUUCAGCCUGGAAGACGCAGCUGGCCCUAGCAGCCGACGCCGUCCUGGAUUGGGCCUUCCACAACGUACUCUGGUAUAUGUGCGGGGUCUCUGCCGUCCUGGUGCACAAAGAUUGCCUCUCGGCGUGA